UAUUUUUGUUUGAAGUUCCGGCAGAUGUUGCGUUAGUUUAAAAAAAAAAAAAGCGUUAAAUGUGUUUGGUGUUGCUGAAACGUUAGCUUGCAGUCCGUGUUUUUUUGGUUUUCCCUCCUUUUCGCUGAACUAGCAGAGUGGGGCCGUUUGUUGAGUUUGUGGUAUAUGGCCUGCACGUUAGAGAAAGUGUUGGGCGACGCUCGGAGCCUUGUUGAAAGGCUGAAGGAGCACGAUACGGCGGCGGAGGGGCUGAUCGAACAGUCGGGGGCCCUCAGCCAGAGGGUCCACAGCAUGAGGGAGGUGGGCGGAGCUCUGCCGCACAAGAACUCAGAAGAGGCUUCCGAGUUCCAGGAGUUGACCAAACACAGACCUCAUGUUCUUUUAACUCAGGAAAAUACUCAAAUCAAAGACCUACAGCAGGAGAAUAAAGAGCUGUGGCUGUCUCUGGAAGAACACCAGUACACGUUAGAGCUGAUCAUGGGUCGGUACCGCAGGCAGAUGCUUCACCUCAUGAUGGCCAAAAAGGAGCUGGACACCAAACCAGUGCUCAGCCUCCAUGAAGACCACGCCAGAGAAGUGGAAAGUCAGGUGGAGCGGAUAUGUGAGAUGGGCCGGGUGAUGAGAAGAGCUGUUCAGGUGGAUGAUGAGCACUACUGCUCUGUGCGAGAGAGGCUCGCCCAGCUAGAGAUCGAGAACAAGGAGCUGAGAGACCUCCUCACAAUCAGUAAAGGCUGCAUAAAGACGGUGAGAGAAGAAGCCAUCCACGCAGCGGCUACGCAAGAUCAGACGUGUCAGAAAAGAGUCCAGCGAGUGAAACCACACCAGUGUGCUCUGGGGUUUGGACAUCAUCGCGCCCUGCAGGACCCGUGGAAUUGUUUGGCAUCUGAAGAGAAAGAAAAGUAUUUUGUUCUCUCAAGGAUGGAGGCAAAACGGCACCACGAGCUCCAUCCCGACUGGGUGCCCAACAACAAAAAGAGAAAAAGGUCCUGA